CACUGUAGAAGAUCUAAUGCGGCUGGCGAAGCAGUUUGACUUCAACAUGAGGCAAGAUGAAGCACAAGAACAGAACUCGGAUGCACCGGGUUCAAAACAUGCUGAGGAACAAGAGCCGCCACAUGACGACCGAUUCACAACAGCUCACAAUGGUUCUGCUCUAAAACUCAAUGACGAGAAGCCUGUUGAUGAAAGGGGACUUUAUCAGGAGAUGGACGAUGAUCUUGAUUUCCUUUUUGAUGGGCCGACUCAGCGGCUCAGCGGGCGUCUCAGUCAGGCGUCAGAUUAUCGUACUCGGGAAGCUCCUGAGAGAAAUCUCAGCAUUGUGAAAGCCAGCGAUUCACAAAAAGGUUCUACGUUCACUACGGCAGAAAACCAUGGCAGUAAACAAGUUAAGAAGGCUGAUGAUUUUGAUGACGACUGGAACAGUGACGGUUUACUCGAUGACUCGUUGCUUUUGGAGAUGACGCAAAACCCGGACCUGUUUGCUGCACCACAGUACAGUUCAACACAAAAACAAACUCAUGAGAAUCAUAAUACUUUCAGUGCAAGGACAAACAAAACGCAACAAGCUAAAAAUUAUGUUGAGCGUGGCACAUUUCAAGGGCAAAAGACGAAAAGUGACCAAAGUUUUCAGCAGGACUCUAGAAUACAUGCAAAGCCUUAUGGAGGGUUGCCUAGAAUUGGAAAUAAUUUCACAAAUCCAGUUUUGCCAGUUCUUCCUAGUUGCAUUAAUGGCAACCAGAAUCAGCAAUAUCAGCACAAAACGCAAGUACGACAGAUUCAGGUUAUUCUGAAUUCAUCUAAGCUCAAUGCUGUUUCCUCAACGCACAAGAAAACUGAAGAGAUGCUGCCAUCCUCCAGUCUCAGUACUAUAAAACCUCCUCAUUCAAAUCCUCCCAGCAUGCACCAGAAUCCAAACUUUAGAGGCAUUAAACAAGGAGAGGAUGCCGUUACACCCCGAGAUGGCUUUAGUGAUGUUUUAGAUGAAGACCUGGACUCUUUUUUUGCAUCUGACGACAUCUGGGAUGACGGAGUGGAGGACGAUGAUCUGUUUUGUGAAGCGUGUGAUAAUCUAGAGGAGUUAUCUGGCAACGCUGAAACCCCAGCCACAAACAACCAACAAAACACCACAAAAGCACUACAAAACAAGCCGAACGGCACUGCUGAAACGGCCAGUCAGCAAACGGUGUUUGCUCAUCCUUAUCCUCCCGAAAAGCCAGCUGCUAAUGUUUCCACGUCCAGUGCAAACACAUCAGUGUCUCUGUAUGGCCAGAAAGCUCAUGCAGUGAACUCUGGGCCUGCAGGACUCGGCUCUAAUGUGUCAUGUGAUGCAACGAGGCCAUCUGGCCCCUCAAGUAAUGGACCGUAUAAAUUCAAACAGGUGAGAAGCUCAUCUGUGGUGGGACGGGGGACCUGUGCUGUUCCCCCCACACAGCAGGGUCACGAGAGGGGCGUGCUGGCCGUCCUCCAAUCAGAUGUGAGAACAGCAGACAGUCAUCAGUUCAGAAAGCCGUACAGUGACUCGUUCAGGUCUGCGCCGGUCAUUGCCAAAGAUGUGUGUAACUCUGGAGCCGUGAGGUGCAGUGAUGCUGAAAUUGAGGCGAAGAAGCAGCAGGCUGUGGAGAGGCAGAGACUCAGGAUGCUGGCCAAUCAGAACCUUAGAGCUCUUGUCUGAUUCACUGAUGCUAUGGAGACACACAACAAAACAGGUAUAUGCGUGUAUAAAGAGUUACACUUUGUCUACACCGCAACUAGAACUAUUGCCAUUAUAAGCAACACAU